AUCGUCAAACAAGUGAGUUCUGUUUAAUUUCUGUGCUGCUCUCGUUUCGUGUCCCAGCGACUUAAAAAAUGCGUUACGUGGCCGCAUACCUUUUGGCUGUCCUCGGCGGAAACGCCUCCCCCUCCAAUGCUGACAUCGAGAAAAUCCUCAGCUCGGUCGGUAUCGAGUCAGACUCGACCCGCGUCACCAAGGUCGUCAGCGAGCUGAAGGGCAAGUCCGUGGAGGAACUGAUCGCUUCCGGUCGCGAGAAGCUGUCCUCGAUGCCAGCCGGAGGAGCUGCUCCGGCUGCUGGUGCCGCCGCACCCGGUGCUGCCGCUGCCGCUCCGGCUGAAGAGAAGAAGGAGGAAAAGAAGGAGGAAUCCGAAUCCGAGGAUGACGACAUGGGCUUCGGUCUCUUUGAAUAAAAGAUCUACCCAUUGGAGUUUUACGACGAAUGUCGGUUGGAAGGUGGCAAAAUAUUUAUUUCUGUGAAAUAAGUACGGCACGAAGAAAAUAAAGAACACUUAAGAACAACA